AUGAUAGCAUUAGCACCUUUGUAUUCAGCUCAUAACAUAAAGUCAUUGAAACACAGUCCGAUGUGGGCAAGAUUAGUCUCAUUCUUCCAGACGGGAAUACGUGCCGCGUAUACCGUGUCGGAAAACCCUACAUUUGUUUCAGAACCAUGGUCCAUUUACCCUGCCAAACACAAACAAAGUGGCAGAGUUGUGUCCGUGUUUAUCUUUGAUAAGACAAAGUUUGAAGCUCAGAUUAACAAGCUUUGUUCAACGAAUUCCAGCAGCAAGAGUCCAAGGGUGAUCAUAAGUGAAUGCUAUGAAUUAAUCAAGAAUGAACUCAGCCAGUUGAGCAAAUUGAAGCAUCCGCAGAUUCUUACCAUUAUUGAGGUAUUGGAAGAGACAAAACUGAAGUUUCUCUUUGUCAGUGAAGCAUUAGUCGAUAACUUAGUCACCGUGAACUUUUCAAAACAACUCGAUAAUCUAAGCAUACAGAAGGGGUUAUUGCAAGUCAGUAAGGGUGUCCAGUUUUUGCAUAACUAUUGCACUAUUGUACAUUUUAAUCUUCAACCAUCAUCUAUAUUUAUCAAUAAUCAAGGUGAUUGGAAAUUGGGAGGAUUCAAAUUUCUACAAAACUUGAACGAAAUUUCACCACUGGAAAGAGAUAACUUUUACAUCAUGAACAAUUCUUCAGUGGUCCCAUUUGCGAACUUGAACCUUAAUUUCACUGCCCCCGAAUUGUUGAUCGACGCGCAAGUCAAGUUGGAUCUUGCAAACGAUAUAUGGUCAUUAGGAUGCUUGAUUUACUAUUUGUUUAAUAAUGGUGAUACCUUAAUUAGUUGCUUCGAUCAAGACAGCAUAUCAGAUUUCAAGAAAGAGUUCAGAAAGUUCGAAACCAAAUUUUACAAUCACAAACACACCGAGUUGAAGUACUUGUUAAAAAAUGUCCCCGAGAAGUUAUAUCCGAUUUAUCCAAGAUUACUUGCUAGAUACCCCCAUGAUAGAUUAACUAUCGAUGAGUUCAUUGAUUCUGAUUUCUUCAAUGGCAGUGUCAUCAAGGCUAUGUUAUUCAUAGACGAGUUUUCAACAAAGUCUGUUGAUGAGAAGUUUAUAUUCUUAAAGGGAUUACCAGAGACUGAUGAACAUGGUAACAGCUUAUUGCAAGAAUUCCCAAUAAGUUUCAGGACACUGAAACUUUUACCAUUGCUUAUUGAUUUAGUUAUAAGUGAAUUGAGUGUUUUAGACGGAUCUUCAAUCUCGGAAAAUGUUGAUCAACUAUUGAGCCAUGCUUUAGACAUUACUUUCAAGAUUGGCUUGAAUCUUUCCUCAUUAACAUUUCAAGAUAGGGUUUAUGAUGUCAUAUUGAAAGACAAUCAUAAAAAUAAAAAGAAUCCGGACAUUUUUAAGAGGUUGAUCAAUUCAUCUGUCAAAACCCGCUUAACAUUGGUUCAGAACAUUACCGUGCUAAAACAGAAGUUGAAUGACAAACAAAUGUUAGAGGUUGUCAAAAAGCUCGAUGCGCUCAUUUUGACUACAACAUUCCCACAUGAAAGUAAUCAACAACAGGAUCAGGUUUUGCUUCAAGAAUUGUUCUUGAAAUCGUUGACGGAUUUGGUUUCGAUCAUGGAAUUUCCCUACAUCAAGAACACCUUAUUGCCAUUGAUUUGUCAAGUUUUCAAGACCACCAGCAUUUUGUCAACAAAGUUAGUGACCAUAGAAGCAUUUGGUAUGUUUGUUGAUAAAAAGAUUAUCGACAAAGUUAUCGUGAACGAGCAGCUCUUUCCAGUAUUGAAAAAUUUGAAGAGCAGAGACAAACGAAUUGUCAAGAAUGUGCUAAACUUCUUCGCUAAAGUGUGCGAAAGUGAGCACGUAAACUUGAGUUUAGAGUCUUCCAUCGAAUCUGUGUUACCACAGUGCUUUAGUUUGGCGUUUGGAUGUAAUGAUUGCUCCAAGGGAGAGUUCAGACAAUUCAUGCAACUCAUCAAUAAUUUGCAGAAGGGUUUGACGGAGAAAAAGAUCUCUUCCCUCUCGGACAGGGCCACUUCCCCGCUGACAGACGAACAGAAAUCGUUCCAGUCAUUAAUUAAUACCCAGUCAAUUAAUGAAGGUAACAAAGAAAAGAUCACCAAAGCUCCUCAAUCCAAAACCAUCAUGCAGCCAACGAGAAAGGCGGGAACUGGCUCGCAAAGACAACUGCCAUCUACGGCACAGGCCAGACCAGUGCCCACGUCCCCACCAAGCCAGCAGACACUUACCCCCAGAGCAAAGGCUGCGCCACUCACAUUGAAGCCGACUCAGCCAAAAAAGACUCCGUUGACGUUCGGUGCAGUUGACCAGAACUCUAAUAACAGCAACUUAUUUAAUAAGCUCAACAGUACAUUCAGCAAGGACGAAGACGAGUUUGAGGACUUCCAACAGGCCUCAAACACCACCAGUACCAGUAGCAAUACCCCCGCCAUCAACUGGAACACUAAAGCCCCCAGCACACCUACAAUGGGCUCCAUGACCCCAAAGGUCUUGCUGCCUACCACGCUCGUACCUAACAGUACCAACGCCAACAAUUACCCCCCGGGCUUCGGAACGACCAUCCUUACCCCAAAUUCCACCACCUCGCAUAAGAAAACAGCCCCAGCCGGUGCAACCAACGGCAUCAGUGCAGCCAGUGCCGCAAACGCUGAUCUUCUAGAUUUUUUGUAA